AUGGCUUUGAGCCCAGAUGCAAACAUCUAUAAAGGAUUCUGGACAGACUGGUCAAGAGGGAAGAUAUGGGGCCUCACCUGGACGCUUCAUCCCACAGAAGCGGUCAUCUUCACCAACUGCAUGGCUUUGUUUGUCACUCUUUUUGGUGCUCAACUGUGGACUAUUGUCCGAUACACCCUACACCAAAUGAGUUCGCCAAAUGAACCUAAUAUUUCAACUCCACAUCUCAACAAGCAGCAGGUCAUCCUGAGAAAUGCAAGCAGUGGCGUUAGUACCGCACGACUGAUGUUGAAAUUGGCCUGGAAAUCACGACGAAGCACGGGCAAACGUUCAAAGCGCGCUUGGUCAAUCGGUCUCAUUGCGAUACUUUACGCAGUUUUGGUCAUGGUCAUCGAGCUUUUCUCAAGUAAAGCAAUAGGAGUUUCACAGAUAAAUGGUGGGGAUCCAGUCCUAUCACGCAGUCGGCACUGUGGAAUAUGGAAUGACACAUACUAUGGGAUUGUGGUCGAUCAAAGUUACACUACUGAGAAAGAGCUUGGACUUAGUGUCCAGUAUUACGCCAAUGUGGCAAGUGAGGUUCAACUCAGUUACGAGUAUGCGCAGGAGUGCUACAUGUCAACUCCAGUCAACAACCAGAAGUCCUCAACGUGCAGCACGAUGAAGAAAGCGAAAAUACCGUGGCAAGCCGCUGAAGGCCCUUGUCCGUUCGCAGAAAAUUUGUGUCAGAGUGAUUCAAAAGCCCUUGUCUUGGACACAGGCUAUAUAGACUCGUAUAAUGAUUUGGGAAUCAACGCAGAACCCAAGGACCGUUUGAAAUAUCGGAGGAUUACAUCAUGUGCAGUCGUCAAUGGAACUGGCCGCGUUAUUGGGUGGGACGGUCAAACAUCAAACAGCAACGAUGAUCCUGAUUCUCGAGAAUUCGCUUAUGCCCGUUUUGGACCCUCCACUUACAAAAACACAGAUUACACCUACUCGCUCUCAAACUUCGCUUCCUUCUACGACAAUUUCACUGUUCAGGUCACCAAUCCAUAUCAGCUGAAUGUCCAGAGAGCUAUGGGACUUGCUGAUCCACAAUGGAGUCCUAGCGAUUUUGACCCCAUCCCGGAAUUGGCACAAGUGGGUGAUCUGACACUCCUGUUCUUGAGUUUCAACGGCAUGUACUUGGGUCAGGUCGACGAUCCAUGGUUCUCGGCGCAUGGUGAGCAUUCAUUCAACACAAGCCUCCCUUUCUUGAAUCAGCGGUAUACGCGCGAUGCAGCAAUUAGUACCCUUGGAUGUACUGAACAACAUCAAUUCUGUAAUGAAGAAGAUAGGUGCACCGGACUGCUUGGCUUCGACCAAGUUCAGAAUGACAACUUUUUCAAUACCGGACUGUCACCUCAGCAAAACGCUACAUUCGAUCGGAUGCUACGUGCAGUUGUCGCUUCUACUCUAAGAAAUUCCGUGGAGUACCUGGCUUUGACCACUACGCCAAUUUUGGCAAGCAAAUCAAUAGCUUCUGGACGCAGCGGCGCGGUCGUUUCACGUGCUCUGCCUGAUGACCAGUGGAAGACUGAAUUACAAUAUUGGCAUUCCGUCUCAAUGUCCCAUUUGCAGCGAACCAUGGUACAAUGGGUUACAGGGCAAAUUGCCCCCGAACCAGAGUACCUGCAGGCUCCCAUUGCUGAACAAGACAUUUGGUUUUGCAAAAGCUUGAUUAUACCAUCCGCAGUCUACUCUUCAUUCAGUGUCAUGUCGAUAAUUAUUAUCUUUGUCUUUGGGAUCUUUGUGAUUAUUGCAAGUCUCAACGUUGAGAAAUUGGCUCGUUGGAUUCGAAAACUCUUGCGGAAACAGAAGUCCAAGAAUACUUGGAAUGACGACCACAUGCUGGGGAUAAAGGCUCAUAGAAAUAAAUCACCGAAAACCACAAUCUCGGAGAAAGACUAUGAGCAUCUUCAUCCAAUGGCUCAACAACGCGGGAGCGAAAUCUUUGAAUGGGAGAAGAUCCCACCAUUACCGGAAAAACAGGAAGACAAGAUCCGGCCAAGGGAGGAGAAGGCCUUUCCCAGUUUCAAGGACCGCCUAUCCCCAUCACACGCCUGGUCUCCAGAUAAUGCUCCUCCCCGGCCAAGAAGAGACUCAAAGGUGUCCCUUCUCUUCAAAGAGUGUGAGAUCACAGCACCGGAGAUGCCUAAAAAAGCGAUGUCGGGAUCGAAAGAGAAGCGAUACUCGAGACUGUACUUGAGACCAUCCCUCUCUCCUCGCCGAGCAAAAGCGCCUAGCCACCUGGAUGGUCAACAAGACAUAUGGAUCUGA